AUGACGAGUACCGUCGACGAGAAGACAGCCUUUCAAGAUGGUGCUGUCAACGACAAUCCAUCUCCAGUUGAGAAUGGCGUCUUGCAAAAUGUUCACAUCGAUGCUAAGGAGGAAGGGAAGUUGCUAAGGAAGCUGGACAUCUUCCUUGUGCCAAUCAUCAUGUUGGUGUAUCUGUCUUGCUUCUUGGACAGGAGCAACAUUGGUAAUGUCAAAGUCGCCGGAAUGCCAGAAGACAUCCACGCCACGAACCAACAAUUCUCCACCGCCGUGUCCAUCUUCUACGCUACCUACGUUGUCUCCGAGACGCCAUGGGCUAUCUUGCUGAAGAAGCUCACCCCACGAAUUCUCAUGACCGGACUCGCCAUUGUAUGGUCCCUCGUCACCAUCUUCUCUGGCUUCAUUCAGAACAUAGCUGGUCUCUACGUCGUCCGCUUGAUUCUAGGCGCUUGCGAGGGAGGCCUGUUCCCUGGGCUGAAUUUGUACUUGACCAUGGUCUAUCGACGAGAAGAGCAAGCGAGACGAGUCAGCUACCUGUUCGUUUGCACGGCGAUCUCAGGGGCAUUCGGUGGUCUGCUAGCGUAUGCUAUUCUGCACAUGGACGGCGUGGCUGGCGUAGCCGGGUGGAGAUGGGUCUACAUCAUCGAAGGAAUCUUCAGUAUCAUCAUCGCUGCCAUGGUCUGGUUUGGAUUGCCGAAUAAUCCUUCCAAGGCGUACUUUCUCAACGAACGGGAGAAGGAGCUGAUGGAGCAGAGAUCUGUGCAGCGAGCGGCUUAUAUGGGCAGUGAGGAGUUCAGCUGGGAGGAGAUCAAGAUUGCUCUCAAGGAUCCAAAGGUUUAUUUGAGUGGUGCUGUGCAGUUCUGCCAGGACAUUUUGCUGUACGGCUUCAGUACCUUUCUACCGUCAAUCAUCAGAGAGAUGGGAUAUGGAACGUACGAGACACAAUACCUUACUGUCCCGGUCUACAUCUUUGGUGGAGCCAUGUUUGUGGCAUUUGCCUUCCUCUCCGACAAGUUCACUCUCAGAGCCCCAUUCCUCAUCUUUGCCAACUUCUUCGGCAUCAUCGGCUAUAUCCUCCUUCUCUGCGACGUCCCCGUCGGCGUUCGCUUCUUCGCGACUUUCCUCUGCGCUGUUGCAGUCUACACAGGACCAGGCCUCAACCUAACUUGGCUCAACGUCAACGUUGCACCACAUUAUCGACGAGCUACAGCAAUAGGUCUCCAGCAGACGAUCGGGAACUGUGCUGGUAUCGUCGCUGGCCAAAUCUAUCGCAGCUCACCAUACGUUCUCGGCAAUGCGUUCUCACUUGGAGCAAUUUGUGUGAGCCAGCUGGUGAUUUUGGCCAAGAUGUGGUAUAUUCGGUCUUGUGGGAAGUUGAAGGAAAGAGUUGCGAAUGGAGAGGUAGAGGACACAAGAAAAGUGAAGACUGGAGAUUGGGCCUUGGACUUCAAGUAUCACUUGUAA